AGUAAGAAAAGGAAAGCAGUGGAUGAACAUGCUGGCCAUCAAUAACAUGCCUUUCCCAAUACAGUCACAAUCUCAUGGCAUGCACAGAAUCUGGAACGGUUACGUCAAAGAGGGCUGGCCAUUUCCUACUUUAUAUUCCCAUGUUCUCCUAAGACAUGCAGUAAAUGCUAUCUUUCAGUGCUAUCAGCAAGUAUGACCGGUAGCACUUCCUUUGUAUCCCAAGAUCUACUAUGAUCUUUACUCAAUACCACGGUUAAGUGGAAAGUUCCAGUAUUGCCAGCAACGGUUUGAGAGUUCAUAGCCUCCACUUUUAACCCAAAGUGAGAGCAUGGGUAGCCUUGGGAACUGAAACAUCAAUUGUAAGAGGUCAGCCACAUAGUCUACGGAGAUCUACUUUUAACGACUGUCCUGCUGAAAUCUACUCUUGAAAUUAUCAAGGGCGGCAACUCAACACCGACUUAUGCAGUGGUUCAGACCCGUAAGCCCUCUGAUGUCUCAGGAGUUAGUUAGCUUUUGCAAAUGAAUAUGUGGAACUGUGUGACAGGACGUACCAGUACUCCCAAUCCCUGAAAUGAGGGGUCAAUGUGAGACUUAGGACUUACACAAGUCAAGCGAACUAAAUGUAUCAACGAGCAUAGUUCAUCCCAGUCCUGGAAGGACUACGAAUCCCAGCGAGCAGAGCGCGACACGAGGACACAAGAGGAGGAGCCCGGAGCUGUCUAGCCGCGGAACCAGGAGGCCCCCGCAUAUGGUGGAUGUGCCAUGGGGAAGCGAUACUUCUGUGAUUACUGUGACCGUUCCUUUCAGGACAACCUCCACAACCGAAAGAAACAUCUAAAUGGGCUGCAGCACCUCAAGGCCAAGAAGGUGUGGUACGACAUGUUCCGAGAUGCAGCUGCCAUUUUAUUGGAUGAACAGAACAAGCGACCCUGCAGGAAAUUCCUGCUGACAGGCCAGUGUGACUUUGGCUCCAACUGCAGAUUCUCCCACAUGUCAGAACAAGAUCUGCAGGGGCUGAGCGUCCAGGUGGAGGAGGAGAGGCGGGCCAGAGAAUGGCCACUGGAGACUGCUGAGCUUCCUGAGGGCCACCUGGAGGACUGGCUGGAGAAGAGAGCUAAGAGGCUAAGCUCAGCCCCGAGUAGCAGGGCUGAACCCAUCAGAACCACUGUCUUUCAGUACCCAGUGGGCUGGCCACCAAUGCAGGAGCUGCCCCCCUCCCUGAGGGCACCCCCACCUGGUGGAUGGUCCGUACAGUCCAGAGUCCAGUGGGGCUGAGCUCUUCCCCACCUCCCUGCCUGACUUCCCACCUGCCUCAUCAGUCAUAGCAAAGACUCAACCUAGGAAGCAGAGCCGCCUUCCCUCUGUUUGCCCUGGGGCCUCUGAGCCUGGCCUCCCCAUCCACUCACCAUCCCUCAGGCCAUUUCUCAGGAAGAACAUUCCAGUGUUUAUAAAGAAAGUCUUUCCUCA